AUGGCCGCGAGCGCUGGGAUCCUCUCAGGAUUUCUGUUUGGCCGCAGGCAGCCGCAGCACUCUUGCGAAGUGCAACUGACAUGCGCUCAAGAAGAGCUUGCUGGCAAACUCUGUGAAAUAGUUGGGAAGAGCAACGUCAGCAGCAAUGUCACAAUGAGGGGGUCGCGAUUGGGCAAAGGAACUGCGCUGGCUGUUGUCAAGCCAGGAUCAUUGAAAGAGGCGAUAGCAGUUCUCACAGCCUGUUCUGCAGCAGAGGUGGCAGUCUUGCCACAAGGUGCAAAUACUUCCCUCACAGGUGGUUCUGUUCCCCGCGGCGAAUGUGACAGGCCAACAGUAAUCAUCAACAUGAGAAGGCUCAACAAGAUCCUUCCAAUAGGAGCUGAUGCAAGCCAGGUGCUGUGUUUCGCAGGGGCUGGCAUUUUCGAGCUCCAGAGAGAGCUGCAGACGCAAUACAAUAGAGAUUCUCACUCGGUCUUGGGAUCGAUUUUUUUGAACCCGUCGGUCGCUGCAGGUGUGUCUUAUGGAAGUGGUGGCACACAGAUUCGGAAGGGGCCAGCCUUUACAAACCGUGCCUUGUUUUGCCGCGUCGCUAAGGGGGGUAAGGUGGAGUUGAUCGACACGCUGGGCCUCAAAGUGCAAGGUGAUGACGUCGUGUCUUUUCUGGAAUCCGCCACCAAACUGGUACCGUAUGAUCUAGAUCCAAAAUGCAAGAGAGAGGCAUCCUGGCCGAACUACCGGCAGCACCUUGUGAAGUUGGACAACAGCGUCUCGCGCUACAAUGCCGACACCAGCGGUGUUGAGUGCAAUCGCUCAGAAGGUAAAGUUCUGAUCUUGGCGACCCUGCAUGAUACGUACCCCAUGCCCAGAAAGGAUAAAGUUAUUUGGGCCUCCUGUCGCGACUUUGAAACGGCCCAGGCGCUCAAGCGACAGGUUUGCAUAUCUUCCCCAGACUGCAUGGCCAAGUCUUGUGAGUACAUCAAUCGCGAGGUCCACGACGCCGUUGACCAAGCUGGGAGGAUCCUCAUCAAGAUGAUUGAGGUCCUUGGUAUGACGAGGUUAGAGCCUCUGUGGAAUCUGAAGCUCUUCAUUGAGUCUGUACCUCUCCCGUUUGCAACCAUCAUAUGCGACAAGUUUCUGUGGUGGUUCAACGGCAUUCUACCGAAAUCGUUGCCACCAGAGCUGCAGAAGCUCACGCAGGAGUAUGACCACCACAUGCUCAUGGAGUUUGCAGAAUACACAACUGGCGAAUUGGAGACUUUGAUGUCCCGCUUGAAGAAAUUUCAAGACUCCCAGCCUGCGGGUGCUGUGUGCUUCCACGUUUGUGCGGAUGGCUCUGAAAGGCUUCGCGCAACCCUCUUUCGCUUUGCUGUAGCACCAGCAUUCCGCACAUACUGCAUAGGCCUUGGCCAACAAGGGCUUUCCAUUGAUUAUGCGCUGCCAAAGAACUUCACGCAGUACCCUGACCUUCCACCUCAAUAUCCGAUUUUCAAACGGCUAGUUUACUCUCAUUUCGGCUGCAAUGUCUACCACGAGGACUUCGUUUUCGACAAUGCAAUUGAUGUGCACGAGGCGAAGAUGGCUAUCAAGAAGGCCAUCGAACGUGUCGGUGGCAAGCUUCCUGCAGAGCACGGGCAUGGCACCGAGUAUGCUGCCCCAGCUGACAUGCAACAAAGAUGGCAAUUGUCAGAUCCCACAAACACAAUGAACCCUGGAGUUGGGGGCACCUCCUACAACAAGGGCUACGUGUAG